UUUCACACUAGAGAAUCCCAAUUGAUAGGCUGAAGCAGCCGCACCCUGAAGUGUUCAAAAACCCCUCGAAUCAGCCGACGAACGAACACUUCAAACUUUGACGUCAAGAAUUCUUAACGACCAAAAGUUUACCCAAAAUCCUUCAAAUUUCAACCCAAAAGAAGUCAAAAUUUCCCAAAUUUUGACCUCCCCAGAUGGAAUUUUGACGAAAUAGAAUCUGGGUUUUGUUAAAAAUUGAUUUAUGGGAGUCCAACAAGACGCGGUGGUUGGUUCGAAUUUGAUCGGCGAGGAGCCAGCAUCGUCGCAAUCAGAUGCUUGUUCAAUUGGGAUUCAGCAGUGGAACAGAGCGGAGAAAGCUGCAGAAGGAAUCAUUUCAAAUUUUCAGCCCUCGAUUGUUGCUGAAAAGAAAAGAGAUGCAGUGAUUAUUUAUCUGCAGAAGUUGCUCAAGGAUAAACUUGAUUGUGAGGUAUUUGCUUAUGGCUCGGUACCGUUAAAAACUUAUCUCCCUGAUGGAGAUAUUGAUCUAAGCGUGGUGGGUGCACGCACACGUAGUCUCAUUAAGGAGAUUGCAUCGUUACUUGAGAGUGAAGAGAAAAACAGCUCAGCUGAGUUUGUUGUUAAAGACGUUCAACUUAUUGGCGCCCAGGUUAAGCUCGUGAAAUGCUUGGUUCAGAAUCUAGUUGUUGACAUUUCAGUAAAUCAAAUCGGGGGACUCUGCACGCUCUGUUUUCUUGAGCAGGUGGACCGUGUAAUCAAGAAAGAUCACCUUUUUAAGCGAAGCAUAAUUUUGAUUAAAGCAUGGUGCUAUUAUGAGAGCCGCACUCUUGGUGCACACGUUGGUCUGAUAUCAACAUACGGCUUAGAGACUUUAGUUCUCUAUAUAUUUCAUGUGUUUCAUAUAACAAUAGACGGUCCUCUCUCGGUUCUAUAUAAAUUCUUGGAGUAUUUUAGUACGUUCGAUUGGGAUAAUUAUGGUAUCAGUUUAAUGGGGCCCAUUAGGUUAUCCGAGUUGCCAAGAAUCAUGGUCGAGAGACCACCAAACAGUGAUGAUCUUCUGCUCAAAGUCGGUUUCCUUAGACGUUGUUCUGAUACGUUAUCAAUCCCCAUGAGGCAUGGGGACACAUUUUCAAAAAAGCAUCUCAACAUUGUUGAUCCUUUAAAUGUCCAUAAUAACCUUGGUCGAAGUGUUAGCCAAGGGAAUUUUUUCCGGAUACGUAGUGCCUUAGGUUACGGGGCUAGAAAACUCAGGCAAAUCCUUACGGCACCUGAAGAUAAGCUAACUGAGGAGCUUCUUUCUUUUUUCUCAAAUACAUUAAAAAUGCACGGAAGUGGUCAAGCGUCGUCUCUGACCAUCAGCGUUUCUGGGGCAGAAAAGUCUUUUACCACAAGGGUAAGUGGAAAACCGAGAAGUUCUAAUGAUGAGAAUGAAUAUUUAGGCAGUGGGAACCAAAUAUCUAGUGACGAAAAGGAUGUUUCUACCCUCAAGUUGAGUGGUGCAGGAGAAGUUGCUGGCCGUGUCUGUAUACCGUUCUAUGCGCCCCAUCUUUUUUCUGAGUAUUCCAAGUUAGCUAACAAGACGGAAGACGGUGAUCAUGAUGUUAACGAUGUAAAACAGUCUGAGGUGCAUGACGAGGAUGUACUUCCAUCCGAACCUUUGGAUCUGACUGGAGAUUUGUUGUCUCAUUUGAUAUGUUUGGAUCAUGUGAGGGGGUGGGAUAACUAUUUAUUAGCUCCACCUGGCGUGAUGGGACCACCGCCGCCGCCCCCGCUAGUUUUGCUGAGCAUGAUCGCGUCGGAACAUGGCGGCAUUAAUGGUUUUCACCAUCCACAGUUCCACCCUACCGGCCAGAUGUUCAUGUCUAGACCACCUUUCAUUCCCAACGACCCUAAUCAAGCAGCUCCUGUGAAUCACUACUUGGAUAUGAAUCGGUCUGGACAUGGUUAUCAUACUUCUUCAACCUCAGGUAACAGAGCACCAAACUCUAAUAAUUCAACUCCCCGACCCGAGGGAGUUAACGGUCCGAUGCAACAAAGAGAGCCUUUGUUACAUAGAAGGAGGCAACAAAAUCUUAACCGUCCUCGCCAGCUGGACGGUUCACAGAGGCCCAGAUCUGCUUCUGGUACGGAUAGGUUGGCUUUACAGUCCUCGUACCAUUUAAAAGACGAGGGUGAUUUCCCGCCUCUAUCUGGUUGAUUCUUGAGAUUUUGAGACCCCUGGCCGGCCGGGGGGGGGGGGGGGGAUUGCAGGUUAUACCAUAGACGAAAGGUUGUUGUGUAUGCAUAGGCUGCUGCUACAGAGUUUUGUUUUUGUGUUGUCAACAUAAACUGUCUGUAAGCUGAUGUUGUCUAAUAGUUGUCGACCAAAGGUCUUUUUUUGAAUGUGACAUUGUAUUUUGGUUGACAAGAAUGGUCUUUCAACAUUUUUCAGAGGUUUAUUUAUCCCUGUUUUGUGAUUUUC